GUUUAUGUUUCGUACUUUGUUGUUCGGAAAUGCAGUCUUCGUUGUGUUGUGUAUGCCUUGAGCGGCUUCCGGUAGAAAGAAGAUGCCACCACCAGUCAACACCAUUUGCAAGUGACAGAGGAAAACAAACACGAACCAGCGCAAAAGACCAACACAAAGGCAAUCCUGUUCAACUUACCCUACGAGGCCCGGCAAGAGAUCGGCAACGACCUCGCCCCGGUAGUUCAUGUAGUCGAACUUGAGGGGGACAAAGUAGUCGGGGGUGUCCGGACCGGUAUUGAUCUGGACUCCUCCGAGCAUGGCCAGUCCACGCUUGAUGCCGGUGGAUCCGCCAACAACGAUCUCGGUCAUGAGCAUGUCCUGCGAAUCGUAGAGCGCGUAGGGAAGCUCGAUCAUGCGGUCGUCCGCGUCCGCCAGGCGCUUGCCGUGGGGCAGGAUGAGUUCCUGGACCCCCUGCUGCUGGAAGUCGACAAAGUUCUGGAUGCCCGUGGUGAGUUCCUUGGUCCCACUCAUGAUGGACUCGACGUAGCCGGAUGCGGCCACCGCCGAUCCGCAGCAGGUGUCCACCAGCGCAAUGCCGGACCGCUCGACCUUGCCGACGGUUCCAUCGGCCGCGACACCUACGUGGGGGCCGUAGACGAUCAGGCAGUAACCAUCGUCGGGAAUGUGGGCAGCCAUGGCCCCAAAGCCGGUCUUACCGGCAAAGGGAAAGCCGGCGAGCCCUCCCAGGUUGAAGUUGUUCCCGUAGAUACCGUUGAAGUCGUCCUCCAGCUCGCGGGCCAGCUCGUCGCAGCAUAGACUGGUGGCGAGCAGGGUGUUCUCUCCAUUAUAGCCCUUGCUGGCGAGAACAUUGACCGUGCCAGUGACGAGUUCCUGGUUUGUGAGGGCCCCGGGGAAGCGUUCCCUGACAAUAGCGUCAAAUUCGGGGUCUUUAGCGGGGGAAUUCUCGAAGGUAGCAUCGACGCGGGCCGCGAAUUCUUCGGCAGUGUCGCCGACGACGAUCUUCAGCGAGGUGCUGCUUGCGGAGCGGGUGACGCGGGCGGGAGCAAACGCCGUAGCGGUGGACGCCAUAGAGGCGGCAAGGAAAACAAUGGCCAUACAGAAUUUCAUUUUGUGGAAUGCUUCUGUCGUUCUUUAGGUGGACGUUUGGUAGCAAAAUUGGGUGGGGUUCGAUAGCAAUGGGAGCAACGCUGAUAGAAUGGGACCACUGCCACUUGCUUGCUUAUUAGAGAGCGCGGGGGAGCAGAUACCAGGUACCGUACGUUGCGUAUGGAGAUCCUUGGGACGGAAUCUGGUUUGUGAAGGGGUGGAUGUGGAUGUGAUGUUUCUGUUGUGUCUCCUGAGAUUUCUGUCUCGAUCAGGAGUUCGUGUAAGUACUACAUGUACGGCGUGUGUGUACAGUACGAGUUCUCGUAGAUCUCAAACUGCGGAACCAACUACGAGUAUUUUUGUUCGACCGGCAUCAAAAUACGAGAAGCCGUGCGAUAGUACAGUAAUGUUUUCUAUUGUGACGUAUGUGCCGCGCGUGAUGAAGUUGUUUGUGAUUGGUCGAGCGAGCUUUCUUUUUCAUGUUUGACACCACCCCUGCCAAGGAAGAUUUUGCACAGGGCUUACGACUUACGAACAAUGAGAUAUCAAGGUAUGCUUCGUAGUUGGUACAGUAAGUCAGUCUCAAAAGAACAGCAACAUUUCUGGUCGAAGAAAACCCGAAAAUCCGAAUAUUACGUGCGUGAAUUUGUCGCCUGUUCAGAAUAAAGAAUAAAAUACAGGACGCACA